GGGAGGAGGGCGCGCUUGGAAAAGGGGGGCUGACGCAGAAAUUCUCCCUCCCUCCCAUCUCAGGUCUCUCUCUCUCUUUCUCUCUUCCCCACCCCACCCCUCCGCUCCCCAAAUCCACCCGCCAAAGCCUCGCCAAAGCCGCCGCGAUGUCCUCGGAGAAAACAGGACUUCCUGAUUCCGCCCCACACACUUCUCCCCCACCUUACAACACCCCUUUGCAACCUCCCCCUCCGCCUUCCCAGGAUGCCCCCAUCCCGGGAUACAGCGAUUCCUCUGCUACGGUUGUGCAUUCGGGAACAGCCACUUUGCCCCGGCUUGGAGGGGCUGCUACUCUCCCCAGGCCUCCCCCCACGUCAGCCACCCUCCCGCGCCCGCCCCGCCACCAUUCUGCCACCCUCCCCCGCCUCCCCCCUGACCCCUACAUGCAGGAAACUCAAUUCAACGGAGCUGCCCAGGGCUACGUAGUCCAGACGCAUCCGCCUGUCGGGACCCUUCCCAUCGGAGGCUACAUGCACCCAGGGUAUCCGGUUCAGCUGCAGCCUUGUACGGCGUAUGUGCCGGUCUACCCUGUAGGGACGCCCUACUCUCAGGCCAACCCACCUCCACCACCAGCUCUCUCCCCAACACAGAUGACGCCUGGCAUCGCCAUCUUGGAACCCCGGCGCCCACCACACGAUUACCUUCCCAUCGCUGUCCUCACCACCAUCUGCUGCUUCUGGCCCACAGGCAUCAUUGCUAUCAUCAAGGCUGUGCAGGUGCGGACUGCAGUUGCCCGCGGCGACAUCGUAUCGGCUGAAAUUGCCUCUCGGGAGGCCCGCAACUUCUCCUUCAUCAGCCUGGCGGUGGGCAUCGCCGCCAUGGUCCUGUGCACCAUCCUUACAGUGGUGAUCAUCAUUGCCGCUCAGCACCAUGACAACGACUGGGACCCCUAGCGACCAAUCGGCUCACUUCGGCCUACUCCUGCACCCUGACAACUGGUCACAACCGCCCUGGCAACAGCCACCCCCGGGGAUGGUCCUUGGCAACCGCCUCCCCUCCUUCUCCCCUGUCUUCGCCCUUGCCGACGACACUCGGAAUGCUUGGCAACCCUUCUCUGCCCACUCUCCGCCCACUCCCAUCGUCCUUGGCUGUUGUUGGCCUUGCUAGCCAUACCGACUCAGCAAAAUGACUUCCAGGUGACGCCAUUCAGACGUGCUCCAUAAGCUAAGGCUCCUAGCAAAAUUGCUUGUCCUCCGCCCGUUCCUUUCCCAGAAUACGUUGCUUGCUUCUUUCCUUCCUGAGGAGUAGGCUCCGCCUUCUGUGACCAAGACAUAACCAUCUUCCUCCCGCUGUGUUUGCAUGCCUAGUGCUGCCCUUGUAUGGACUGGGGCGCCAGCGCAGUCUUGGUUAAAGCCCUGUCUCUCUGCCCCCAUCAUUCUUUCCAUCGGCUGCUUCCCUUUCUCCAUUUUUUGCAAUAGCUAGAGGCACCCAGUAUUUGGAGAGCCCGAUCGGCUGUCCCACCGUUUUAUCCGAGGCGAGAAAGGAACCAUUGCUUUCAAGCCGAGUGAAACAAAUCACCAUCUGUAAUUAGGAAGGCAUAUAUUUUUGGCGAUGUUGCAUUUGGUAAGCAUGCGAGGUAUAAUCCACAGCCUGUUUUUUGUUUUUAAGUUCUAUUUUGCAGGGCUUAAGCAUCGUUCUUUUGAUACCUUUCAUUUCGCACCACCGUUCUAACAUUUCUUCCUUGGAGAAGAUUGUGCAAGAUUUUUUUGUUUUUUUUUUAAACUUUGUACUAAGUUCGAUUUCUUCCCAUCUGGUUCUACGCUCUGCAAUUCACAUUUUACGUUAUCCUCACCAUUUUCUUAACAGCGGGGCUUAGAGAGUUUCGGUGACUUCUACUCAGCCAGCCAACUCUUUUUGUUACUGGCUGAUAUCCAGGGUCAAUUAGGCAAGGCACAUUACAGUAAACUUCCAGCCAUGAAAGAUAGAUAGAUAGAUAAAGGGGCGUAAUAAGAACUGCUAGAACAAUUCUUUGACAGUAUCAAUACUUUGAUAGUAGCCAGCACAAUAGUGUCAGAAAACAUCGCAAGAUCUAGCCGAUCGAGAAGACAGAAGGGGCGAGGAGGACAUGAAAAGUAACUGGAGGAGGAAAGUGGCAGCAAAAGAUCCAACUGUCCGUCAGUGGGGGAGGGGUCCAAUUCCAGGACCAGGUAAUGUCCAACCUAGAGGAAAAUCCAGGGAAGGGUUCCAGAGAAGAUGCUUUUAUAGCAUCAUUUGCUAAAUAAAAGAGUAAAGUCUACUCUGAAUGUGGUGGCGAGACAAUAGGAUGGACUACACCCUUACAGAUCAAAAAAAGUGGGAAUAAUAUAUUUUUUGUUCCCCGGCUUUUAAAUAUUAACCAGCAAGUAGCGCCAAGGUAGCACAUUAGACAACCAGAUUUAGACAAAGUUUAAACCCUUAUUUGGCUUACCACACUUAUUUGUCUGAUCAUUUAUCACCCUAACCUACCUCAGGCUUACUUUAAAAAAAAAAUAUGAUCCACAGAACAGCCUAAUACAGAUAGUCCUCAACUUACGACUUACAAAAAAAAGUUCAUAAAAUUGAGUUGGUCGUGUGACUGAUCUGCUUUAUGGCCAUGAUGAGUAGGGUCCAUUACGGUCAUAACUUGAGGACUCCUUGUAGCAAGCCAAGAGAAGGGGCGAGCUAUUCCGGCUAUUGCUACUAACUAGUUUUUCAGGGAGGAUUUGGGGAAAAUUGCUUAACGCAUUGUAAGCCGCCCUGAGUCUCCGGAGAAGGGCGGCAUAUAAAUCAAAUUAAAAAAAAAAAUACUCAAAAUUGCAACCCACGCCUAUGGUCUGUAAUCAAACAAUGGUCUGUAAUCCACCACUUUUGGGACAUGCAAAUGGAUUCUUGGAGACGUUUUAUAUGAUGCCACUAGAAAUGGUGGCAGAAUCUUUUACCUUAUUUCCGUCUGGAAGUGAAUGAUAUCGAUAGGUGAUAUUUUUUUGGAAUACUUUUUUCUAUGAAUGACCCGGCAGGUAGUAAAUUAGCAUAGAAGAAAGACCAAUACUGUUCUUUUUGAGGUGCCAGUUUAUUACAUGCACGUAGUUUGAUAUAAACAGGGGAGAACAAUUUACAGAAACAGCUCCUUUAAUUUAACAAAUGGUACAUGAGACAAUUGAGACUUUUGACACCACGCCUCGUUCUGAUUAAUAAAAGUAGAUCAUUUCUAAGUUGCAUCGGCCAAAAUUGGUUGGCUGGUUUAAUGGGCACUCAACAUGGUGCGUUUUCAGGGAUAAGGCAUGGGGAGGCUUCAACAGAAAAAAUUUGCAUUCUUUUGUAUUUUUAAGGCCUCCUGUCAUCUCCAAUCUGUGCCAAAUCUCGUGUUGUCAUACGAACUUCCCAUUCAUUCCUCCUUUCUCUCCCCCCCCCACCCUUUCAAUGUUGAACUCUAUACUCUUAUCUCUGUUUGCAAGUGACAUGGUUACAGAAUCUCUGUUAAUAAAGACAUUUGAUUGAU